AACUUUAGUUUGAUGCCCUGAAUGUGAAUCCAACUGAUCCUCUCCAUUUGUGAAGAAAAAUGGCCAGCAUCACAGCCAGCACUCCAACCUCAUCCCUCCCCCGUGUCGGUCUCCGCCCCAAUGGAGGAACAGUUGGGACUUCAUCGGCCAUUCUGGGGUUGCCGGUGAUGGCAAAGAAGGGAAGAGUCACAUGCUCAAUGAAGGAGAAGCCAAGUGUGGAGGAUGGAAGCUUGAAGAUGGGGAUGGGGGCAUCACUGAUGGCAGCAGCCUGUGCUGCAACCAUGUCAAGCCCAGCCAUGGCUCUGGUGGAUGAGAGGAUGAGCACAGAAGGGACGGGACUUCCAUUUGGGUUGAGCAACAACACUCUGGGUUGGAUCCUGUUUGGUGUGUUUGGUCUGAUUUGGGCUCUCUACUUUGUCUACACUGCAACUCUUGAAGAGGAUGAAGAGUCUGGGUUGUCCCUGUAACUAACCCACACCCCAUUCAUGCCCUUCCUACUUUCUUCAUAAAUCUGUAUCUGUGGUUGUAAAACUACCUCUUGUAUGCCCAACUACUCUGCCUAGUAUUAUAAUUGUUCCCUCUUCCUCUUUUCA